CUCAUACAGUCCAGUGAGGAGUCCACAGCUCCUCCUCCUCCUCCGCUUCAGUGUCCUCGCUUUUCCCUUAUAGUAAGUGAUAAGAAUAAACGAAGAAAAAAAGAGAGUAAUCUGCCGAAAAGACCCAUUUGGUCCCCAUGGACGACUUUUAAAGCGCUUUAGGCUGCUGCUUCUUCUUCUUCUUUCUUCUCCUUGUGAGAAUCAGGUAAAGAUGAACAAGAGGAACCGCCGAGAUAUCUCCGGUGGAGCUGGCAAUGGAGGCAUCAGAAAAAGUGAUUUUCAAUCAAUGUCCUCUGGUAAGGCGAAGAUAUGGGAGGAAGAGCAGGACGCUGGAGGAGGCGGAGGCGUGGAUGAACUACUGGCGGUGUUGGGUUACAAGGUCAAGUGUUCCGAGAUGAACGACGUGGCCGAUAAGCUGGAGCAGCUGGAAAUGGUCAUGGGCGCUGCCCCAAAUCUCUUGUGUGACACCGUCCAUUAUAAUCCCUCCGAUCUUUCUGGGUGGCUCCAGAGCAUGCUCUCCGAACUCAAUAAUCCGCCCAAUACUCUUAAUUACCGAAUGCUUCAGAGCCACCAUAUCGAUGACCCUCUUCACGUUCGUGCUGAAUCCUCCUCCGUCACCACGAAUCCCCAACAGCAACAGUUUGAGACGACCCAGUCCGCCCGGAUUUAUGACGACGACUCUGAGUACGAUCUGAGAGCUAUUCCUGGUUCUGCUGCCUACCCGCAGACCCAAGACGGGGAACUUAACCGAAAGCGAUUGAAAACGUCAGGUGGAUCCAAUUCUGCGCCUCCGCUUUUGCCAUCUUCGUCGCCCAUAGUUGGGGUUGCUGCUGCCGGAACUGUGUCUGAACCGACUCGGUCUAUUGUUCUGGUUGAUUCGCACGAGACCGGUGUCCAACUCGUCCAUACUCUCAUGGCUUGCGCUGAAGCAGUCCAACAAGACAACCUGAAGCUUGCAGAUGCUCUCGUCAAACGCGUCGAGUUGCUAGCUGCCUCGCAGGCCGGCGCGAUGGGAAAGGUCGCCACAUACUUUGCCGAAGCAUUAGCGCGCCGAAUUUACAAAAUUUACCCACAAGAUUGCCUCGAUGCUUCGUCCUCUGAUAUCUUGCAGAUGCACUUCUACGAAACCUGUCCUUACCUCAAGUUUGCACAUUUUACUGCUAACCAAGCGAUACUAGAAGCAUUUGCCACCGCCAGCAAAGUUCACGUUAUUGAUUUCGGGUUAAAGCAGGGGAUGCAGUGGCCGGCACUAAUUCAAGCGCUCGCAUUAAGGCCUGGGGGGCCUCCGGCGUUUCGGUUAACUGGUAUUGGUCCGCCCCAGGCGGACAACAUGGAUGCUUUGCAGCAAGUUGGGUGGAAGCUGGCUCAAUUGGCCGAAGCCAUUGGCGUGGAAUUCCAGUUCCGAGGAUUCGUGGCCAAUAGUUUGGCGGACAUCGACCCUUCCAUGGUCGAUGUCCGUCCCGACGAGGCCGUUGCGGUGAACUCCGUCUUCGAGCUUCACCCCAUGUUAGCUCGACCAGGCGCGAUCGACAAGGUGCUGUCCUCGAUCAAGUCCAUGAAGCCCAAGAUCUUCACAAUAGUCGAGCAAGAAGCGAACCACAACGGACCGUUCUUCGUGGAACGCUUCAAUGAGGCCUUGCAUUACUACUCGAGCCUGUUCGACUCGUUGGAGGGGUCCGGGUUGGUGCCGCCAACUCAGGACCUGCUGAUGUCGGAGGUGUAUUUGGGGGAGCAGAUAUGUAACGUGGUGGCGUCUGAUGGGGCGGACCGAGUCGAGCGGCACGAGACGUUGACUCAGUGGCGGGCACGAAUGGGAAUGGCGGGGUUCGAGCCGGUCCACCUCGGAUCGAACGCAUUCAGGCAGGCGAGCAUGCUGUUAGCCUUGUUUGCCGGCGGGAAUGGGUACAGAGUGGAGGAGAACAAUGGGUGUCUCAUGCUUGGCUGGCACACCCGGCCUCUCAUCGCCACCUCGGCUUGGCAGCUCAUCGUCUCCGAUUCACCAUAAUAAGUCAACUCAGUUUAGUGAUGGGAAACUACGGAGUUAGACGAGUGAGCGAGGUGGUAGAGAAAUUAAAACCAUUCAAGCAGUUUAAUUCCACUUUCUACCCGACUCUUCAAGUCUUAACCAUUUUGUUUUUUGUUAUUUUUAGUCAAUGUAACUUCUUAGAAUUUUUUUUUUAUUUGUUUUGUGUUUUGUUUUGAUCAAGAGAAUGUGUAUCUAUAAUUAACUUCUAAUAAUAAAUGGCCAGCAUGAUUCUCAGCAA